UAAAUCCCGGAAUUCAUAAGCACCUUUAAUCAGUAAAAGAUUGUGGAUUCCUGAUCCUGAUACUGCGAUGUCUGAGAUUGUCAAAGUAGCUUGGGGGAAAUACCUCUUGCAGCUUCAAUCCCAUCCUCUCAGGACCAAGGCGAUCACUUCGGGGUUUUUAGCUGGAUGCAGUGAUGCUGUAGCUCAAAAGAUUUCUGGGGUCAAAAAGCUCCAAUUGAGAAGAUUGCUUCUUAUAAUGCUUUAUGGCUUUGCAUAUGGAGCCCCGCUUGGGCACUUCUUCCACAAGCUAAUGGAAAACCUUUUCAGGGGAAAGAAGGGCAACAAAACCGUUGCUCAGAAGGUGCUGCUGGAACAGGUUACUAUUUCCCCUUGGAACAACUUUUUUUUCAUGGCAUAUUACGGUCUGGUGGUUGAAGGAAGGCCAUGGAGUUUGGUCAGAAACAAAGUAAAAAAUGAUUGGCCUAUCGUACAAUUGACAGCAUGGAAGUUUUGGCCCAUAGUAGCAUGGGUGAACUAUCAGUAUACACCGCUGCAGUUACGCGUUCUGUUCCAGAGCUUUGUUGCCUCAUGCUGGGGUGUAUUUCUGAAUCUAAAAGCGCGAUCUGUUGCUACCAAGAAAGCUUAGAAUGAAAGUGGGAGCUGCCAUUUCUGUUUUCAUCUCUUCUAACUU